AUGAAAGCCUUGCUUCUACAAGCACAGUUGCGUACUCGUGUCCUGUCGUCCCAAGGUUCUGCGUUGGUGGCAGAUAUCUCGUUCGAUGACAACGCUAACGGUAACAAUGAUGACGACGACGACGAAGCGACGGCAUCACGCUUACUAUCUCUCUUGCAAGUCUUAUAUACCUGUCCGUCUCAUGACUACCAUACCAUGCUGGCUAUUGCGCUGAAUAUCCAUGACGUGCUACGGCCCGACACUCAUGGCCCAGCCUACGUAUACCCCGCGUUCGGACAGCACGGCGGUCUGUUAGCUAUUGGACAAAUUCUAGCGGCUCUACAAAGUGGACGUGAGGGUGGGCAGCCUGAAGCCGACGUGCGAGACGCCCUUGCCCGUCAGGCCCUUACGAUCCUCGUCGAUGCGAUCACAUACAGUGCCAGCAAUUUCUCAGCGUUUGAACACAUGCUGGGAUGGCCCAGCUUAGUAUCUUCGCUCACAGAGACGGUCCUUCCCAGCGAACUUCCACGAAUUCUUGCGCUCCUGGUGGGCCUGGCUAUUGCUGAUAUCGAGACGGGCGUGGCCUGGUGGAACGCCUACGAGAGUGGUGCCAACACCCCCUCUGGACCCUGGAAAGGCUGUGUAUUGGUCCACCCGGCGGCCAUGGAGGCGGCCUGGCAUCUUCUCCCACGCAUACCAGCUUCUGUGGUGUUUGACACACUCGCUCCCAUCCUUGCGGAGCUGAUGGCUUCACAUCCUCGUCACCGAAUCAUGCUAAGCCGAACGUCUAUUAGCACGUGUCUUCUUGAGGCAUGGCUCGCUGGACAGGGUGGAUCGUGGCCUAUCAAACUACUACGGAUGCUAUGGCACGAUGGGAUCUUGCAUACAACCGACAUGCAGCAGCUGAGUAAGUUCUUACUUACGACGCCCUCGCUGGACGAGGCUGACGACGUGUUGACGUUACUGCAGGAUCUCCUCCCCACUUCUUCUCGCCCGGCCUACCUGACAUUCGAGUCUACUUGUUACAAGACAAGUACAGAGGGGAUGCAGAUCGCUGCGUUGGACCGUGUCUUCCCCCCGGACGAUCCUACGUCCACCGGCUUCACGUUGGGGUUGUGCCUUCGUGUGGACCAUAUCCAAGGUGAAGCACAACUUCCAUUAGUAUGCCUGGGCGCGGCCAAUGUUGCCAUGCGGAUCGUGCUGGAUACCAAGACCCAGUCGCUCGUGUAUGAGCCUGGCGGUAUGGCACGAGGCACAUUUGCACUUCCACGCUCUGUGUUGUCCCUGGGCGACACACAUACUGUGAUCCUUACGCAUGCACGCUCUGCACCUAACGUCCUUUCGCCUGUGCAUGUAUACCUUGACGGGCAGCGUGUAUGUACAUUGCAAGUGCCAUGGGCCGGCGCCUUUGCGCAUCCUGCCCCGCUUCGUAUCGGUACAUGUCCCCUGGAAAAGGCUACCCAGACUGCGCAUGCCACCUGGUCCGUCACAUCCAUAUGGCUCCAAGCAGGUGUCGUUCCGUCCAGUCUCCCUCGCUUGUUCCACGCUCUCCUUCUUGCAUCGUACACAGCUCCAUGGCAAGGUGCUUUGGCACGUUACUUGACGUACUCCGAUCGCGCUGCGCUGCUGGCUCAUCUUGAGCACCUCGCGCAUGUAUCCUCCACGCCGACUGCCGCGUAUACAGCGCUACAUACAGCCUUGUUCGAGGCUGGGGCUCGUUCCUGUCCCUUGUCCGAGAUGUAUGUAUACCUUCACGCUGCGCAUAUACAACGACAGUCUACGCGCACUGUAUGUAUCAACCAAACCUCUACACGAGCGCAUGCCGAGCUGUAUGGCGUACCGACUGUCUGUCAUCCACGCUCCCUCGGUGUAUCGAUUUGGCAGGCUGGCGGGGGGACAUUGCUGCUAACGUGGAUCGAGCGUGCCACAUCGUCUGAAAGUGUGGCCAUGUGCGUUUCUCUCUUUGUGAAUACACUCUCCCAGUCGUGGCGCUUCGCCGACGAAGCGGAGCGUAUGCAUGCCUACAGCAUUCUGGGAAUGCUAUUGCGAGAGAAAUCCGCGUACCUCACGCCGUCCAUUUUUGCUACGUUGGUACAGGCCAGUAUGGAAGAAAAGCGUAUCAUUAACGAGGCCCUAUACCGUGCUGUCAUACUUGAUGUGGGCCUGUGGUCGCAGGCGCCCCCGUCUGUGCAGCUGGCCUAUGCACAACACGACAUUGUACCGUCCGAUCGCAAGUAUACCUCUCUGCCACUAGUGCGUCGUUGGCUGUGGUGGGCUGAAGGGGCACAAGCCGUUCCCAUCGAUACUGCCGCGUCCCUGGUCUGUGCAGCCAUGGAAGUGCAAUGGCAUCCACGGUCUCUUCAGGCCUUUAUGCAGACACUUACAUGUGUCAUGGCGCAGAUCUCACCCUCUCUUCCGAUGCUGGGCAGCGCCAUGUACGCCAGGACUGAUGUGGAUCUCGGCACGGACCCCAUCGAAUGUGGUAGGGUCUAUACCCCACCCUCUCCCACACGUCCUGUGCCUGCCCGAUCCAAGGCGCUUGCACAAAAGUACCUGACCUGGAUGGCCAACGCCGUAGCGUGCGAUGCUUCACGCGCUGCAAUGCUUGCCGAAACGAUUCCGCCCAAGUGGUUCCUCAUUUUGCUGCGUCCAGGCAUGUCACGCGACGAUACGGCGCCUCUUCUCUCGCUGGUCGGCCAUUGCAUGCUUGCAUCCUCAUCAUUGAUGUCGGCGUGGACUCGACUGGGUGGUUUCCGUGUCCUUGAAGCCUCGUUACCGCCCUUGUGGGAUGUACCAUGCGUACUCCCAUGGGUAUGGACCUGGCUCCUUGGCCCAUGCCGGCCUGCUGCAUCCCUGUACGAUACCUUUGCACCGCCGGCCACCAGGGGCGAGAAGACCAAUUCACUGACACUAUCGCAGCCCCAAGCCCUUCGUGUGCUCGUGCUCUGCAUCACAGCAGGCAUUGCCGCAGGCGCCUCUCGGCCACGUUCGCGACGCGCGUCGUUGCCUACCAUGCUCGUUCAAGAUACACGGUGGAUCGCCUUGGAUCACUCCAUCGCUCUGUUAUGCGUCUAUGCGUCAGAACCUUCCAUACGUGCGCUUCUAAUGUUGGCACCAACCAUGGUUGGCGUUCUGCGUGCCACGUUACCACGCUUUGUCGAUCGAUUUUGCGCGCCCCAGGCAGCUCUCUGGUGUGAUCAGCUGCUCGAUAUGCUAGCACAAAGCAUGGCCCAUGUCCUGUUGUCUUCGCCGACAUUGACCCUAUUGCAUAGCAUGCACGCUGCUAUGCCUACACCUGACCCGCUUGUCCAAUCGCGUUUGUGUGUGGCUAUGUAUACAGCACUGCUGGAGCAUCUGCAUGCCAGUCUGCGUGUGCAAAUAUGUACACGCCCUCUGCUGACCAUGGUCGCCGGCCUAUUGGAGCUUACCUCGAAUGAGUCGAUGCGGGCACGGACCUUGCAGCAUCGCAUGUACAAGAUGGCCGAAGUAUUGAUUCAGGCGCCCCCGGCCCUGCUCACGCCGCACAUUCGUGCACAGUCCACCUUGGCGUUGGAACGUAAUGUCUUGCACAGCUUCGGUACAUCCGAUGCUUCGUCUGCUCUAGCGUUUUGUGCGGAGGGCGCCUCUCUUAUGCUCACACCCUUGGCAGACGUCGGCUUUGUCAAGUGCUUAGCGUACCAUGCCUACCAAGCAGCGCCCACUUCAGAUCAUGCUGUUCGGUGUUUACGCCAUAUGCAGUCGACGUGGCCAGACCUGCCUUGGGUCGAUGUCCCAGUCGCCUCCAUCCCGACUUUCUUUGCUGAGGCGUGGAACGAAGCAUCGCAGGCCCAAUCACAGUUCCUGCAUAGCCUCGCACGCGAACGCGUACGAGCUUGGACCACACAACCUUCCGCGCGGGCCCGCUCUAUUCUCCAAGUGCAUGCACGUUUGCAGGCUUGGUACACACGCGUCGAUGAGAGUGCGACACAGCGAACACGCCACUACGCGCAGGACACACAUGACGAUAUUGCAUGCAUGCGCCAUAUUUGGACAGAAGCCAAGCAUGCAUUGCGUCAGUACAGUUCCACUGACUCGUGGGAAUGUGCUUUAGAUGCGACAGAGGGCCCCUGGCAUAUACGUCUUAAGCUGUGUGAUGUGCCGCCCUUUGGAUGGCAUGCCACAUCCCGCGCCGAACAGACCGAAGCUGUUGUGCCUGGCGCCGUGCCCAUACCACACUCAGAAGAAGAUGCGAUGCCCUUGCCACCUGUCAUCGAUGUACCUUCUGUAACGACAUCCUUGCCUACGUCAAUUUCAAUGUCCGGCUUAGAAGCUGUGCCUCCUUCCGAAGGGAGCAUAUCGUCUGCCGUACAAAAUGCCUCGGUUGCCCCCUUCUCGUCUGCUUCCACGAACGAAGAAGACUAUGACAAGCUGCGGUACAUUGUGCGUGCCCUCGAACCUGGUGACGAGGUGCAAGGACUCCUCAAUGCAGCUCGUGUUGUGGGCAUCGAUGUACAAAGCAGUUUAGUUCUGCUGGGAAAGCAUCGCAUGUAUCUCUUGGACGAUUAUUUCCAGCGGCCGAAUGGCGAGAUUGUACAUGUAUGGGACGCUCCCGUGCAUGAACGCGAUGUGCUUCUCUUGGCUGCGGGGGUAGGGCAGGUGGCAGCCUCCGAUGAGCCUAUUCGGUCCUGGGCAUGGCCACAGUUGCUCAUGUGUGCCUGGCGCGCAUGGCUGCAUCGCCGUACAGCGCUGGAAUUGUUUAUGGAUGACGGACAAAGUACCCUGUUGGUUCUCCCGUCGCAUGCGCAUGCUGCCCGGCUGUACGACAUUGUGCGAGCGCAUGCGCCCAAAGCCAUCGCUGCAAGUGAUGCACUGCAGGCCAGCGUCCAAGAUUCCACUCCAGCUCCAUCUAGGCUGGGUGUCUUGCGACGAACGACACCAGGGGAAGCGACACAGGCAUGGCAGGCACGUCGUAUGUCCAAUGCCGCUUAUUUGAUGCACAUCAACACGGCAGCGGGGCGGACAAUGAACGACUUGACACAGUUCCCCAUCUUCCCAUGGGUUCUGGCCGAUUAUACAAGCUCAUCCUUGGAUCUACACGCAGAAACAUCGUAUCGUGAUCUGGACAAGCCCAUGGGGGCUCAAACCGAGGCACGUCGGGCGGCAUUUGUGGAGCGGUACGAGCAGCUGGAGCAAGUCCAUAUGGACCCUUUCCAUUACGGUACACACUACUCCACGGCCGCAAGUGUCUGUGGGUUCCUCGUUCGUUUGCAGCCGUUUGCGCGUGUCCUCAAGGUGCUACAUGGCGGCACCUUUGAUCUUCCAGAUCGGCUCUUUGCCUCCAUUGGAGAAGCAUGGACCUCGGCAAGCCAGCGAUCCCAGGCUGACGUGCGUGAGCUCAUUCCGGAGUUCUUUUUUGUACCAGAUAUGUUUGUGAAUCACAACCAUUUGGAUUUCGGUACAACACAGGCAGGGGUGCAAGUAAAUCAUGUUGUCCUACCGCCAUGGGCCCAUGAUGAUCCUGUAUUGUUUGUGCAGCUGCAUCGUGAAGCGCUCGAAUCGGAUUAUGUGAGUGCACACCUGCACCGUUGGAUUGAUUUGGUAUUUGGUGUACAAACGCGUGGUCAGGCGGCUGUAGCAGCGACCAAUGUCUUUCAUCCAAUGUCGUAUGCACAUGCUAUGGACUUGGAGGGUAUCGAUGUGCCGCUCGAACGACAAGCAGCUGCACAGGCCGUGCACAACUUUGGGCAGACACCACGCCAGCUAUUCCCACGUGCCCAUCCCUCCCGGUCCAUCUUCCUCUGCGAGCCAUGGCAUACACAAGCAGAUUGGCUGGCCACACCGCAAUUCCUUCUUCCUGCGUAUGGACCACAUGCCCAUGUCGUCGAUGAGCCUGUGCGGAUGAUUGGCGGUGACUUAUCACACUUGUACGCACUACCAGCACGCCAUAUUUUUCUGCGUGAUCAGCGAUGUAUGCUGUCGUAUAGUGCGCAUACACCUACGAUUCAUUGUAUCGGCGAAGAUGGGCGUUGUACAAGUGUGCUAGAACAUGCCACACAAGGCGCAAUCACGGCCAUGCUAGCGCUUGGUUCCUAUCUUUGGCUGGGAUCCGAUGAUGGCAUGCUUCAGCUAUGCCAUCUUUCUACCAUCAACUCAAAUCUCACACCUAGUACAGCCUUGCAUGGCCAUACUGGCGCAGUACUUUGCCUCGCUGCAUCCCAAGCCCUGGGCGUAGUCGUAUCUGGCAGUGCUGACCACACUGUGAUUGCGUGGGAUAUGCAUCGUCACAAGUACGUACGCACCUUAACAGGGCCCGAGCAGCCUGUGGAACAUAUCGCGAUCGACGAACAACAAGGCUGGAUCUCCGCUGUGGUCGGGCAUUCUAUCUGGGUAUGGUCAAUCAAUGGGACAUGGCUCGCUCACCAAAGCACACGGAGUGUAACUUCGGAUCCACCAUCCAGCAUAGCGAUGAUCUCACGCGAGUUCCAUACAGGUACACUGGGCGUGAUUGCGACUGGCCACCGCGGCGUUGUGGUGCUAUGGGAUAUUGUCUCGAACCACACUGUACGUCGCGAACCACCACGGUGGCGUCUUUCGCAGCGAGCUCUCUUGCGUAGGUCAGACGAGGGGUCAGGCUCCAUUACGGCCUUGUACGAAGCUUCUCCUCGCGUCUUGUGCACAGGUGACGAGCAUGGAUACAUGUAUACAUGGGCCCUUCCUGGGGCAUCUAUCGCGCCACCCAAGGAACAGGAGCGAUGUGUGGGCGCAUGCAGACGUACACUUGGUUUUUUGGACACAAAACGUUUAUGUCAAAGCUGCAGUGGCCUUGUAUGCCAAAAGUGUGUGCGAAUGCAAGGCCCACUUCGUUUAUGCGAUACCUGUGCUACGACGCUGGCGUCCCGUGGACUGGCGCUCUAA